AAGAGGAAAGAGAUAGCAGACGCGCUCGAAUCAUCCGUGGGUAGGGAUGCGGCGUUGCCUUUCUUGAAUAUUUACGUCAAAACUAGGCCCCCAGGACACAGCUGAUCGCGUCGAUCAGCCCACGCCCAGACUGACCAUGUCGGACAAAACGGCCCUGCGAUCACCGAACUUUCUGCUGAAAUCCUUCUUCGCUGGAGGUGUUGCUGGCAUGUGUGCAAAGACGACGGUAGCUCCCCUGGACAGGAUUAAAAUACUGCUGCAGGCACACAGCUGCCACUACAAGCACUACGGAGUCUUCUCGGGGCUCAAAGGCAUAGUGCAGAAGGAGCAGUUCUUGGGGCUGUACAAAGGCAACGGAGCCCAGAUGGUCCGCAUCUUCCCCUACGCCGCCGUCCAGUUCCUCUCCUUCGAAGCCUACAAACGGGUAAUCCGAAACUCCUUUGGAAACACGUCGCACGCGAGCAAGUUUGUGGCCGGAUCCUGUGCAGGGGUCACGGCAGCUGUCACCACCUAUCCUUUAGACAUGGUCAGGGCCAGGCUGGCGUUUCAAGUGAAUGGCCAGCACGUCUAUUCUGGGAUCGUCCACACCGUGACCUCCAUCGUCAGGACGGAAGGGGGCGUGAGGGCUCUGUACAAGGGCCUCGCACCCACGGUGCUCGGAAUGGUGCCUUAUGCCGGGCUGUCCUUUUACGUCUUUGAGCGCCUCAAGGCCCUCUGCCUGGAGACGUUCCCCACCAGCUGUGGCCGCCCCUACCCCGGCAACACCGGGAACAUUGUGCUCAUUGUGCCCGCCAAGCUGCUCUGUGGCGGCCUGGCCGGAGCCAUCGCCCAGACAGUUUCUUACCCACUGGACGUGGCCAGGAGAAAUAUGCAGCUCAGCAUGAUGUAUCCAGAGAUGAACAAGUUCAGCAAGGGACUGCUGAGCACGCUGGCCCUGACGUUCCGCGAGCACGGAGUGUCCAAGGGCCUGUACCGGGGCAUGACCGUCAACUACGUCCGGGCCAUCCCCAUGGUGGCCGUCUCCUUCUCCACCUACGAAGUCAUGAAGCAGCUCCUUGGUCUGGACACCGGCCUCGACUCCUGAGGGCCCGGCAGUCCUACAAGUCCCACUCCUCUCGGCGCAACGUUCCCGCAGUCUGAGGGCGCCGUUACCUCGGCUGGCGGACUUGCCGCUUUUCUUUUUCUCUUAGUAAUUUUUUUUGCAUUUUUAAUGUUGGGCCGGUUUGUUGCACCUUGUCCAUCCUUGACUGCCAGAAAUGGAGGACCCCCUAACUGCCGACACGACGAGAAUGGCGGGGCAUCUUUUUCCGAGGCUUCCGGAAUGCACUCCUGUGCAUGCACACUUGGGACUCUCAGGAUUCCGAAGUAUUAUCGAAGCUAGGAAGCUCUUGCUGGAAUAGGAAGCUCUUGCUGGAAGCGCGACAACUGAAGGCUCUUUUUGCUGUCUUCAUCCCGUCGGCGACUACGGCUGCGUUUCAGAAAAGGGAUGUCUUCCCUCAACGACCGUCUUUUCACAUUCGAGAUUUUAGGAGGCCGUCCCCGUCACCUCGAACGUCGGCCACAUUGUUAGGGCAGUGGCAACUCCGGCAGCCGUACAAAAAGCUCUUAACAGAUCUGUUUCUCUGGAGUUCCUCCCCAUUUUCACAUUCUUUCCUUUCCUUUUGUUGCAUUUUUAUGUGUAUUGCCUUAUUUUGGUUGAAAGCAGAGAGCAAGAAUGCAUUAAUGUUAAUCAGUGGUGUUGAAUAUACUGCAGUAGGCAGUUUUCAAAGUUUGUUCCCAGAAACAAACUUCGAGAACGGCGAGAGUUGAAAGCCUGCGAGCAUUAUUUUAACAUCACACGGAAUGUUUUUCGACGCCUUCUUAUCUAUGCCUCUUGAAUUUGUUGCUUUAUAAUGCAUUGUGAUCUUUUGCAUAAAUUCUCAUCUGUCGCGAGCACUCGUGCUUUGCGUUGGAAUGUUUUUACCUGCACAAAAAAUGACAAAAUAUUUGAGACUGAAUUGGGCUUUCGAGACAAUGUCGGCUACCUUCACACUCUGAUAAUGAAUACUUGCAUGUACUAAUGUCUUAAUUAUUGGAGGAACAAUUAUGUUCUGUCCACUGUUUGUUUCACAAGCUCCAAAUCUAUGUACUUCUGCAUUUUUUGCGGGGGGAAGUCAUCUAUGUACCUGGAAACUUUUAUAACUGUACUCGGGAGAGUGCAUUAUGCCGCACUAGGACAAACGUUUCUGUUGUAUAGCAUUUUUUUUCAGGAAAGACCAGUUGGCGUAAUAAUGUAAUACUUUUUUUAUUGUUCACUCAGGCAUACUUGUGUUAAAUACUAAGCUGACUUGCUUCUGUAAAAAAAGCAAUGCUGUACAGACUAAUAUAUAUAUAUGUUUGAGCUUGUACAAGGUUUAGGAUGUACAGUGCAUUAUAAACAUCCAAAUAACCAUUGAAAGUUGCAUAAAAUAAAAACGGUGAGUGUUCAUCACCAAGCAAGUGCACACUUAGAUAUAAAUUACUAACUCGUUUACCAGAUAAAAUGAACUGUUAUUUAUAUUGGGCGUUUUGCCCGGUAUAAAGAGCAGCACUAUCCGUUUUGUACAAUAACCAGAGCAUUUAGGAACAGAGAUGCAAUAAAUAUUUUUUGGAGAACACUCGUGACCUGCUGUUGAACCCUGCCUUUUUCCAGCCAAAGCUAAUAAACACAAAAAAGCGCCGUGUUGCCAAGUCUUUGAGAUCGAGCGACAACAGUGAUAUUCAAAGUCAAUGGCUAGGUCAUUUCUGAAGUAUCUUUGGCUUGUCCUACCAAGCUGCUCAAUUUGGGCCUCAGCUCUUGGCUUCUAAGAAUGCGUGGCAGGACCAUCCCACUUGAGGUCUUUAGAUAAAUAUGAGAUAAACCUUAACAAUAUUUGACAAAAACGGCUUGCAGGACGUGCCUGACCAUCCACUGAAGAAACCUUAAUCUUUUACAAACUUCACAUCCCAAGUUUCUAGGGCAGCUUCCUCACAUGAAAGGCACUUUCUUUGGGCUAUGCUGUUUUUGGAGCCAAACCCCCUGCCUCCUCCUUGUAACGUCAUGUGCAAAACAAGCUGUUUAAGCCAGGUGACUGCAAGUUUUAAAAAAGGCGACAAGAAGACUAGGUAACUUUUCUGGAGGUGGGAGUGGUGAUGGUAAGAAAUGUUGGCGUCUCCAGACUAACGGGGUUCCAGCAAAAGAAUCGUUCAAGAGUCUCGGAGCUUUUAGCAGCAAGCUGAGACAUUUUCAAGGACCCAACUACCACAGCACUUCCUCUUUUUUAAAGGAUACUAUAGCACAUGACAAUGACGAGGACAUCUUCCCGAAGUGGCGUUUAAGUGCAAACUUUAAAAUACCUCCUGUAGUUUCUUUUACUAUUCUCACUAAUGCUUAGCAGUUUCUGUGUUCCAUAUUUUCCUGAUGCUCCAACAUCACAGUAGUACAGGCAACACGACUCGCUACCUCGCCGUGUUUUCAGCACGCGUCCACCAAAAUGUCAAACUGUCGACCGCGGCUCCAAGUUUCGUUCCUUCGUUCCUCGUCAACAAAACGCCUUAUUGAAUCAAAUUCGAAAAUUUUGAGAAAGUCCGAGAACCUGUGGAAACCCCGAUAAAGAUAGGAAAACGCAAAGUUUUGGAGAAAUUGGCAAAGGAGAAAACCGUAAAAAAAAAAAAAAAAGAACCGUUAACAGGCCCA